AUGGCUAGCAUCGGCACCAAUGGCACCAAUGGUGUCCAUGCCACAAACGGCACAAACGGCACAAACGGCACCAAUGGCACCAACGGCGUACACGAGGAAACAAAGCACAAGUUUGACCCCAACUUUACCGACCAUGUCAUCAACCUCAUGAGCCCCGAGACCCAGCCGCGCCACCGCGAGAUUCUCACCUCCCUCAUCCGCCACAUGCACGACUUUUGCCGCGAGGUCGAGCUCAAGCAGGAAGAGUGGAUCAUUGGCGUCAACUACGUCAACUCGCUCGGCCAGGCCUACAAGAAGAACCGCAACGAGACGUGGCGUCUCUGCGACAUUCUCGGCAUCGAAUCCCUCGUCGAUGAAAUCAACCACAAGGUCGAGUCCGCCGACGGCAAGGCGCCCACCUCAUCCUCCAUCCUCGGGCCCUUUUGGUCGCCCGACACGCCCUUCCGCGCCCUCGGCGCCAGCGUCGUCCAGGACAUGCCCCCCGACGGGCAGCUGACGCGCUUCCACGGCGUCGUGCGCGACGUCGAGACGGGUCUCGGCAUCCCCAACGCCGUCUUUGACAUGUGGCAGGCCAGCACCAACGGCAAGUACGACGCCCACGACCCGGAGAACCAGUCGCGCCACAACCUCCGCGGCAAGUUCCGCACCGACGCCGACGGCCGCUUCUGGUUCUACUGCCUCAAGCCGACCGAGUACGCCAUCGACACCUCGGGCCCCUCGGCGGAGCUGCUCCGCAUCAUGGGCCGCCACCCCUGGCGCCCCGCGCACAUCCACAUGAUGGUCACCCACGACGACUACAUUGGCGUCACCGCCCAGCUCUACCCCAGCGACGACCCGUACCUCGAGACCGACACGGCGUGCGCGGUCAAGGACGACCUGCUGCUGCAGUUCGAGCCCGUCAGGGACGAGCCCAACGGCGCCACGCUGGAUGUCGAGUACAAUGUCAACCUGCUGUCGAAAAAGUACAAGCCCGAGUCGAAUAUGCUGAUGCAAAAUGCCGACCAGGACAAGUUUUGA